AUUUUUCAGCAUUUCAGAAACAAGGCGUAGAGUCAUGACGAAAAGAAGAUCUUGUUCUCUACUAGGAACACGUAUCUUGAUCACAAGUUGUACCUAGCACUUUUCGACGACGUAGGUACUUAGUACUCCUGACAAGACAAAAUCAAGAACAAAAUGUUCUUGUCCUGGUGUAAAAAUGCGUGUUAUUGGGUUCUUGUUCUCAGCACCAAUGUGUUUCUUGAGUCCCACGCAAGAGUGGCAGACUUUUCUAGCAGGGAUCGUGCGGAAGACGACGGCCAUUACGUCAAUCGCGAAGAGGAAGGCGGGAGAGGUCUUAAGGAUAAGGACUUCAUCUUACUUACACUGUAAUAUUUAUCCGCUUGUAAAAAUUAUAUAUCGCAAGCGCAACUCCAACUUCAUAUCUUCCUGAAUCUUAAUUUUUGCUGUAAAGGAAUAGGAAAUAAUAGAGGAUAUGGAUAAGCACUGAUAAGUACUUCUUCACUUGGUUUUUCCUCAAUACUAACAGGAGAGUUUGAUCAUUUUUUUAUUGAAGUGGAUUAUUCUUUUCGUCUAGCCGUUACUAGUUUAGGAGGGCGACUACUUGAGAUGCCAUGAUGAUGAUGAGGAUGAUGAUGCAGACUCGACCUCGAGGCCCUCGUCUAAGAAAUAAGUAGGCGAAGACGAGCAUCAUGCUGCUUCGUUUUUGAACGUGGAGGACAUGAUGCACCCGCAAAGCUUGCAAGAAGCGAUAGCGAAUGCGCGACGUGCGCAUCAGGCGCAUGAGUUUGCUGAUAUGGAUGAUCAAUGAGGUUUUUUCUUUUUGUCCAACAAGAAUGUGAAGAAAUCACAUCAACAAGGUACAACGAACCAGAAACAAUUAAAUAGCUCCUCCACCUCAACAACGCCAUCUGUCAGACAAUCUAGGCUGGUGUCCCUUUUCCCCCAUUAUAUAUAAGGGUAGGCUAAAGGUGUUCUUGUUACCGUUUGUUUUACCUCUCCUAAGGGAGAAAGGCAGAACAAACGGGAAACAGAAACACCAAAACCCUGCCGCUAGCCUUAAAACUGUAUACUAGAUUAUGGGGGGCCGCGAUGGUCUGCCUAGAUGGAAAAAACAUCGCUCAUACAUGAGGCGAAGAAGGAGGCGAUGGAGCAGUUACGAGAGGCCAAGAACGCCA